AUGUCCCAGAAACUCAUCACCGUCGUCGGCGCCACCGGCCAGCAAAGGCGGCGCCGUCGUCGACGCCUUCCGGCACAACCCGGCCUUCAAGAUCCGCGGCCUCACGCGGAACCCGCACAGCGCCGCCGCGCUCGGGCUCGCGGCCUCCGGCAUCGAAGUCGUGCACAGCAGCACGGUGCGCAGAAGGCCAAGGAGGUUGAGGCGGCCCGCGGCGCGGCCAUGGCGAGGGCUGCAGCGGCGGUGCCGGGGCUGGAGCACUACGUCUGGAGCACGCUGCCGCGCGGCGUGCCCAGCCACCCGGUGUACCACUUUGACAGCAAGCACGACGUCGAGGCCCUGGCGGCGAUGCGGCCGUACCGGCUAGCCGAAGGCCGGUACGUCCAGUUCACGACGUACCCGGAGGACACGGCGAUCCCGUUCAUCGGCGACGUGGCCUGA